AUGGGUGCUCACUGUGAACUGGUUGUUUCUCCGGCUCAUCUUGCUCGGGUGAAUGCUGUCGCUGGUAGUAAUGUGACUCUGGCUGUGUCCUUCAGUGGUGCCCCUGACCCAUUGAUUACCUGGUUUAUGGGUGAUUUUCCUGUCGCCACCUGGACUAUUGGUUCAGAUACUCUGGCAGUCAUAGCUGACACAAAGGUGCUGCAAGUUGAGAAAAAUGGAUCUCUCACAUUUGUAAAUGUGAUGGUUAACUAUACCAGUGACUACACCAUUUUAAUGACAAAGUCUGGACUGGGUACAGCUUCCACAAAUUUCUCUCUGACAGUAUAUGAAAUUAUCCAGAAUGUGACUCUGAGCACACAGCCUGCGUUGGCUACAGAGGGAAGUGACCGGCUCACACUGCAAUACAGCAUGCUGCAAGGAGUAGUUGAGCAACAGAUGUGGUUUUUCAGUGGCAGCGAGAUAAAAAACAGCUCACAUUACUCAGUGCAGCAAGAGAGCCUUGUGAUUCUCAGUCCAAACAGAAGUGACACAGGACGGUACACGCUGUCACUGACCAACCCUUUCAGCAGUGUGACAACUCACAUGAAUGUCACCGUGUUGUAUGGACCAGAUGAGCCCAUACUUGAAGUUAGUCCAGCUAAGGAAUUUUAUGUAUCAAAUGAUUCACUCAGCCUCUCCUGCCAGGCUGAUGGAGUCCCUCAGCCAAGGGUUAAGUGGGUAUUUCGUGGUCAGACCCUUUCCGAUUCCCUCCAAGGAGUUCUCAAUCUGACCAAUGUGCAGACCAGUCAAGGAGGUGUUUAUAACUGCACGGUGCACAAUGAGAUGACUACAGCACAGCGCCAUAAAAGUAUCAUUUUAAACAUUUAUGAGAAGCCACCAGGAAACCCGGUAUGCUCUGUACAGGCGGUGAAUGACGUCGAACUGCAGUAUCACUGUCAGUGGUCAGGGGGAACCCCACAGGCCCAACUUUCUUUCCCAGACUUAAAUGACACUGGCAGUGGUGCAGGAAACUUCAGUUUGGCUGUCACCGCCUCGGAAAACCUGAAUGGGAAAACAGUCAUCUGCAUGGCAGAACACCCAAUGGAAAAGAAUAAGUGCAACAUUACUGCAAGUAGUCCAAUGGCGUUCCUUCCAUCUGUGAGAACCACAGUUAACUCUGAGGGCAAAAUAGUGGUCAGCAUCCACUGUAUCACUAAGGCCUCACCUAAGGUUGUGGUGUCAUGGUCCAAAGGUGAUGAAGAUGCCAUCAACACAACAACGGACCAGAUUAGCAGCGACACCACACAGCUCAUGAUUCGUCAUUACAAUGUCAGCAUCUUUCUUCUCACUAACUACACCUGCAUCUGCCGCAACCCACUGGGCAGUCAGAAAAGGGAAAUUCAGUUACAAGGACCGUCGAUCUCAGAUUCCGGUUUGGUCCGCAAUCAAGAUGGAACCGUCAUCACGUUGACCUGGGAGGUCCCGCCUACCUCUGUUGUUACAGGGUUUGACAUCCAAAUGAAAGGACCAGAUCUCCCAAGUGGAAAUCUUAAUGGCACCCAAACUAAAGCAAACUCAAACAGCUACCGCACCAUCCAGACAAAACCUGGCACUGCCCGGAGUGCAGACAUCUUUGUUGAUCCUAAAUCAAUUUACCGAUUUCGGGUCAUCCCCAAAGCACGUUUAACUGAUGGAGAGCCCUCUGAGGUCCAUAGAAUUGGUCCAGGUGAGGGGCUGAGUGGACCGGCCAUCGCUGGCAUUGCAGCUGGAAUUCCCUGUAGCCUUCUCUUCCUGCUCCUGCUUUGUGGUUUAAUCUACCUCUGCAUCUACUGCGCCAAGAACAAAAGUCACCAGACAAGAUACCCAGUGUCCAGAGCAACAAUAACACUUCAACCGGAUGUAACUCCUCAUAACCUGCUGAGUGGAGGGGUGAAGGCUCCCCCUGAUUACAACAGAAUGCAUCAGGCUCCUUCUGAAAGGUCAGUGGCUCUCCCCACAUUUGUUCCUCCACCGCCUGUCAGAGUCGCUACAACUGUCUAA